UACAAACAUACAUACAUACAUAUACGCAUAUAUAAAUCGGUGUGUCUGUGUGCGUAUAUAGAUUCUUAUUAGAACCCCCACCACUCUCCACAACAAACGCAGAGAGAGGGAGAGACUGAGAGUUGAAGAGGGACGGCAACAGCCGAAAGCCCCAAAAGCUGCGCUCUCGCUCUCUGGCAUCGAUCAGUUGUUCGCUUGGCGCUCAGCUGCUCGGUCCAACUUUGGAAAUAAACCGCAAAAUUGACAACAAACAAAACUGAAAGAAACAGAGAAAAAAAGUAACGCGAAUGAACAGAUAAAAGGCAUCGAGAGAAUCAGAAUUUGUUGUAAAUUUUUGCCAUUAAUUAACAAACGAGUUCCACGAAAAUACAUUGAGUGCCAAACGCAGUUCGGAAUAAUACAUAUAAAUAAAUCAAAUCGACAUUGUCGCCGCUGAUAAGAUUCUUACUUGUGCGCGCUUAUCAAAAUCCAUACAAAGUUUGUGUUUAGUUUGGUGUGCUUCGGAUGAUAUGUAUUUUCUGUGCUUCAUUAUAAAUAAAUUUCCGUCUUAAUCGCCACAUGUGUGACCCAGUUUAAAAAAAACACACUCGACCACACAUAAAAUAACAAUGAAAUUUACAUAUAAACACGGCCCUCUCAUGCAUAAUAAUUAAUAACAAACGAAAGGAGGCGCAGAAAAGCGAGAGGGGAAAACUUCAACAAAAAUACAAUAUCAAUUAAUUCGUAAACACCGCGCCGAGGAAAAUGUGUGUUUAAGCAUUUUGUGCAUUUAAUUUAAAACCUUCAAGGAAGUAAUACAAAACGUUUUUACAACAAUCCCCACCACACACAGCAUCCCUGGCUUGUUUAUAUACAAUUAAACAAAUAAUCUGAAAAGAUACUACAAGUGAAGUGAGCGCCGGGCCUUGGUGCCCCCCCCCAUUUGGAAGCUGUAGAAGAAGUAGGAGCAGGAGCAAGAGCUACUAUCCUAGAGCAAAAGCGGGAUUUGCCCGCAAAAAAAUACAAUGACAGAGAAUCAGCUGUAUCCCAUGUCAUCGGAAUUCUUUGACACAGGCUCCAACAGCAGCAGCAACGCACUCAAAUACGAUCUGUAUUCGCUGGGCUCCAGUGUUGUGGGUGCGGCCCUGCCCACGUUGACCAUCAACACGGGCUAUGGCAUUGGGAGUAAUAGCACCAGCAACAGUAAUAACAAUAGCAACAACACUAACACUAACAACAACAACAGCAGCAGCUUAAGCGGCAGCAGCAGCAGCAGCAACUGCUCCACGAGCACCACAAACACCUGUAACGUAAUGCUAAGUACAACGGCCAUAACAAUACCACGCAGCAGCAACCACAACCAGAGCCAUCAUCAUCCGUAUCAGCAGCCGGAUCUGCAGACGCCACGCCAUCAUCCCAGUCCUAUACACACAUUGCCCAGCAUGACCCAUCAACAGCAACACCAUCAGCAGCAGCAGCAACAGCAGCAGCAGCAGCAGCAGCAGCAGCAGCAGCAGCAGCAGCAGCAACAGCAGCAGCAACAGCAGCAGGAGCAACUGCAGCAUUCGCAUUUGACACUGGGAGAGCUCUCGGACUUUGGUUUGGACGCCCUGGACGCAGCUUCCCUGUCGCCCACUCUGCUGCAGGAUGUAAGCCUAAGUGCUGCUUCUCCAUUAAGCACUGGGCUCUACAAUGGCAACACCAGUGGAGCGGGCAGCAGCAAUGGCGUGUCCGGUUCUGGAGGCGGUGGUCUCGCUGGCGGCUACUUUACCCCCGACAUGAGCCAUACCCUCAGUCUCAAUGUCAGCGAGCAUGCCCUGCUCCAGGACACUGUCAGCCAGAAUGAGUUCUACGAGAUGACGCCCAAUUCGAAUGCCAUGUGGAGUGAUAUCAGCAGUGCCAUUAUCCAUACCAAACACGAGCCAUUCAGCCUGGACGAUGACUAUAUCUUUCCCAACGACAAGGCCGAGAUCCAAGCGGCCGAUCUGUCUGAUCUUAAUGGUGGCGACUUUCUGGAUGUCAUUGGAAACAUCGAGGAUUUCUUGCCACAGACCACAGUCUCUCAAAGUGUCAAUUUCCUGCUGUCGCCGCAGGCUCCGGGACAGGAUUCGCUGGUGGCGCCACCCAUGGAGCUGCUUCAGCAGCAACAACAACAACAACAGCAGCAGCAGCAGCAACAGAAUCAACAACAGCUGCAGGUUGGCAGCCUGCCCCAGUUGCAGACGCUGCUCACGCUCACCCAGCAGCAGCAACAGCAGUCGAACAGUUCCUCCACUAGUCCGUAUGAGAUCUAUCACAGUACACCCCAGAAGCCGCAGCAGCAGCAGCAGCUCUCGGCCAGCUUCUCGCCCGGCAGUCAGGCUUCCCAGUCGCCACUGACCCCACCGCCACCGCCGCAUGCCAAUCGUCCCCAGUACCAGAUGGUGAAGUCACGCAACAUGCAGGAGUUGAUCAAAAAGGGGUUUGCCAUGUCCUCGCCACCGGAACGCUCAAUUCUCAGUCAAUCCGCUGCUCUGAGUCCUGGUGGAAGCAGCGGUUUCGGCAGUUCCGGCUCUGGAAAUAGCACCGCUGCCAGUAAUCAGACCCCGGGAUCAGCCGUGCGGAAGUCCUUUGGCUACCAGAGUGCCGUGGAAAGCUCCCAGCUGAGCCGGCUGAGCUCAUCGGCGCCCACUCACCUGGGUUUGGAACACAUCUGGAUGCGUCGGGAGCCGAGACAGCAUUUACUCUCCACUGGCUCGCUGGCCGAGGCCGAGAGCUUCUCCUCUCUGAGCACGGGAAGUGUUCUCUCCCCGGAUGGCAUUGACUUCUCGCAGGACGAUGAUGAUGACAAUUCGAGUGAGAAUAGUGACAACUAUGAUGAUUUUAGCAGUGACAAUGGGCUAUCUGGGGAUGAGGAUGACACGCGCACCUCAACACCAAAUCAGUUGUCCAGUAGCAAGGGCAAGGAGCGUUUCUUCUGGCAGUACAAUGUCCAGGCCAAGGGACCCAAAGGCAAGAGAUUGGUCUUCCAGUCGAAGCUUGAGGAUCCGCAUGUGCUCAACGAGGUGACGGAUCCCGUCUUUAGUCCCACCUGCUCCGUCAGGGGCAUUAAAGUGUAUAAGCACAGCGGCAAGGCGCGUAAGGGCGAUGGCAACGAUCUGACCCCCAAUGCCCGGAAGCUGCAUAACAUUGGCAAGGAGCUGGAUAAGCUUAGCCGUACCAUCAACGAUAUGACCCCGGUUUCUGAGCUGCCCUUCAAUGUGCGUCCCAAGUCGCGAAAGGAGAAAAACAAGCUGGCUUCGCGAGCCUGUCGCCUGAAGAAGAAGGCCCAACAUGAGGCUAACAAGAUCAAGCUCUAUGGCCUUGAAAUUGAACACAAGCGCCUAAUCAAUGGCAUCGCAGAGCUCAAGCAGGCCUUGGCCCUGAAGCAUCGCACCAAAACUCUUGGCGAGUCCACCGAGGAGGUGGAUCAGCAAAUUGCACGCAUUUACGCCACCGCCUCGUCUGGUAUCCGCAUUGCGGGCGGUUCAACGGAUUUCGUGAACAAAGUGCUGGAGAAUAUGCGCGGCGGCAUGCCAAACGGAGGACUCGAGGAGCUGCGCAAAUCAUCGUAGACCAAAAACAGAAAAUGCAAAGCCAACGAACCGCCCAUCAAGAUUAGUUUUAACGAGCUUAGACCUAUAGAGAUGCCCCAGAAAAUAGCAGCUGAAGCCGAUGCAAGUGAGGGAUUGGAUUUGGAAUGUAAUUAGUCGGCGGCCAGCAAAUGAUUUAUUUCACUCGUAGAAAUCAAUCAUGGAUGCAGCCAUACGGAGAUCAUCGGGAGAAGCCGAUGGAACCUGGAACCCUCCUCAAAAUACAAAGUUCUGUUACAAUGUUCUGCUUGAGUGAUAUAAUAAGGAUAACCGAGAUAUAUAACUGUGAUUUAAUGAGCCUGGGCUUAGUAUGUUUUGUAUGGCAGGAAAUAGAAGGAUAUACUUUUUUUUGAACACCACAAAAAAUACACUAACAAAAACGUAAACAAAAGAAAAUGAAAAUAUUCCUUUUGAAAAUGCAACAUUAACAAAUCGAAAUGAAAAGAAACAAAACAAAAACGUA